GCCUCGCUGACGCGCUACAUCAGGACAAGUGAAGAUGGCGGACGUGUUGAGUGUUCUCCGUCUGUAUAACAUCCAGAAAAAAGAAAUCGUCGCUAAAGGAGAUGAAGUUAUAUUUGGAGAGUUCUCCUGGCCGAAAAAUGUGAAGACCAACUACAUAAUCUGGGGUACUGGCAAAGAGGGGCAACCCAAAGAGUACUAUACUUUGGACUCUAUCUUGUUCUUGCUCAACAAUGUGCAUCUUCCGCAUCCAUCCUACGUGCGAAGAGCUGCAACCGAGAACAUCCCGGUUGUCAGACGACCCGAUCGAAAAGGCUUACUGUCGUAUCUCAAUGGGGAGAGUUCUACAUCAACAAGUAUCGACAGAAGUGCCCCCAUAGAAAUAGGUUUGCAAAGGCCAACGCAAGUGAAAAGGGCAGCGGAUGAGGUAUCUUCUGAAGCCAAAAAACCCAGGAUUGAGGAUGAGGAACGAGUGCGUCUGGACAAGGAGCGACUGGCUGCCCGCCUGGAGGGUCACAAAGAGGGCAUCGUGCAGACUGACCAGAUCAGGUCACUGUCUGAGGCCAUGUCGGUGGAGAAAAUCGCAGCCAUUAAAGCCAAGAUUAUGGCGAAAAAACGAUCCACCAUCAAAACGGAUCUGGAUGAUGACAUAACCCUGAAGCAGAGAAGCUUUGUGGACGCUGAGGUGGAUGUCACUAGAGAUAUCGUCAGCAGAGAGAGAGUUUGGAGGACCAGGACAACCAUCCUCCAGAGCACUGGGAAGAACUUCUCCAAGAACAUCUUUGCCAUCCUUCAGUCAGUGAAAGCCAGAGAAGAAGGGCGAGCACCAGAGCAGAGACCCGCACAGAACACGACCCAAGUGGACCCGUCCCUAAGGAACAAGCAGCCCGUCCCAGCUGCCUACAACAGAUACGAUCAGGAGCGAUUCAAAGGAAAAGAGGAAACGGAGGGUUUCAAGAUCGAUACCAUGGGAACCUACCACGGCAUGACCCUGAAGUCAGUGACGGAAGGAGCAUCUGCUCGGAAGGCCCAGACCCCGGCGCUGCAGCCGGUCCCGCGACCAGUUUCACAAGCCAGACCUCCGCCGAAUCAGAAGAAAGGUUCCCGGACACCCAUCGUCAUCAUCCCCGCUGCCACCACCUCUCUCAUCACAAUGCUCAAUGCUAAGGAGCUCCUGCAGGACCUUAAGUUCGUCACGCCAGAAGAGAAGAAGAAGCAAGGCAUCCAGCGCGAUAACGAAGUCCUGCUUCAGAGGCGUAAAGACCAGAUCCAGCCCGGAGGCACCACCCUGAGUGUCACUGUGCCGUACCGCAUCAUCGAUCAGCCGCUUAAACUGGCUCCACAGGACUGGGAUCGGGUGGUGGCGGUGUUCGUCCAGGGUCCGGCCUGGCAGUUCAAAGGCUGGCCGUGGCUGCUGCCCGAUGGUUCUCCUGUCGACAUUUUUGCCAAAAUCCGAGCCUUUCAUUUGAAGUAUGACGAGGCAAAGACUGACCCCAACGUGCAGAAGUGGGACGUGACCGUGCUGGAGCUGAGCCGCCACAGGCGCCAUCUGGACCGGCCCGUCUUCCUGCGCUUUUGGGAAACCCUGGACAGAUACUUGGUGAAACACAAAGCUCACCUCCGGUUCUGAGCUCAGAUCAACGCAGCGAUCCACGGAAUUCCUUCAAAUUAAUUCUUCGACCCUGCCUAUCCCCCCCCCCCGCUCCAACUGUCCUCGGUCCACCUCUUGCAGACGUAGCCCCUUUCAUUGCAGGUGCCAUCCCACUUCCCAACAUAAUCCCCACUUCCACAGAAGGAGAACACGUCCAGUGGACGUCCUCCAGCACAUCCCGGAGGAGUCCUGAUGCAAAGCGCUGGAUUCGUCGCUCUGGACACUGGAGAGGAGAUUGAGGGGAUGUUUUUUUUUUUUUUUGCUGUCAAUGUUUUCUAAUGUUUUCAUGUAGUACCAAAAAACAAACAAAUAUGUUUUAUAUUAAAAAAAGGCAAUAUACUGUGGAAACUAUUUCAAUGGGAUGUUAAGCAACUUGACGGGGUCGAAGGAAAAGGAAGGUUUUCAGUUUGGUUCACGGUGAGAAGAUUUUGAAAUUGAAUUUUGAAUUAAACGCUGAACGGUUUACGUGGAAAUGACUCUUGUACAAACCAAAUGGCCACGGAGUUUGAGGAAAGAGACUUCCUUCACACUUUGCUUUCUUUUGGGUGUCUGGUCUGAAUGUACAUAUGAUGGAACCCUGUUGGAUCCAAAGCAGAGAGAAGGAAGCAGGUAAGUGAUCCGUAAUACUACACUGCUCCGACUCCGUGGGAUGAGCUCGCUAGAGCAGCCAGUCGGUCUUUCUGAUGGAUCGGCAUCUCUCUUGGUCAUGCAAUGGCCACGUUAGUCUUUUUUUUUUCUUUUUUUUUUUCUUCUUCUUUGUUGGUGUUGUGCUAGAGGACAAACAGUUUGGAAAGUAUUGCUUUAAGUCUUUACCUUAAAUUGACAAUAAAACCUCCAGAGAAAAAAAA